AUGUCUGACAACCUUCUUGCCGCGGCCACGCCUCAGCCUACCUUCACCCCACGGCAGAUUUGCUCCUUCUUUUUCAAGCCGUGCCUCGACGAAGAAGAGGAGCCGACAGGCUACUAUGCGUACAAGACCUGCGGCAAGUGCCGCAAGCAUACGCCCAAGACAGGGUACACCAAUUUGAUUACACACUCACUGCUAGAGAAACACUCGUCCACGUACCUGUACGACGGUCCUGCUCCCCCAAAGCGUGGUAUUCCUGUGAAGUUGGCUCGCUUUCUCCUCACGUACGGCUUGGUUGCUGCGAGCACAAACCGGUAG